AUGGCAGACACAGAAACAAAAACCAUAUCAUUAGCACUGUAUCGUUAUAUGUGUCAGAACAUAGUUGGAUCAGAGAAUCAUGUUAAAAAUUUGAGAUUGAGAAAUACUGUCAGGGAUAAUAUGACGAGCGAAAAGUUUAUUACCUAUAUCACAAGUGGAAGUUUUGGUGAAGGACUUGAGUUGAGAGGAAGUGAUUUAGAUGUAAUGCAUGUAAAUAAAAAGAUGGAGGUCUAUGAAAACGUCCAAACGUCUUUAAAUUCAAAUGUUUUAUAUUUGUCAAUGGAAACAGAUGAUGUAAAAGCUGGUUUCGCUCAGUUGCAAGUUAAACAAAAUUAUAGUCCAAGUCUAGUUGAAUCCUUUGAAGAACAUAAUGGAAAACAUUAUAUUUCGAACACAUUAUAUAAAGAAGCACUCGAGCGUGAUUCAAAUAAUGUAAUUCAUGGGCCAUGUAUAUCUGACAAAGAAGGAACAUAUGACUAUGCCUUGUGCUUACAUUGUACUUCAUGGAUAUCACAAGCAUCACAGUGGAUAACAAGAUCAAAUAACUCAUGGCCAAGUUACAAGGCCAAACAAAGUAUUAUAAAACAUGGAGUACUUUUUGUACCAGUAGGAGUAAAGGGAUCACCAAAAGAGAAUAUAGAAUGGCGAAUUUCUUUUUCUGUUGGUGAAAAAUUUAUUAUUAAUACUUUUACACAUACACAACUGCUAUGCUAUGCCCUCCUGAAAAUUCUUUUGAAAGAUGUAAUAUCAACCUACACCGAAUGUGAAGAUUUACUCUGUUCAUACUUCUUGAAAACAAUUAUGUUCUGGAUAUCAGAAGAAUUACCACAAUCAAUAUGGAAACCAGAAACUCUUAUACCUUGUUUUAUGCGAUGUUUAAGAAGACUGAUUUAUUCUGUUGACUAUUCAAUUUGUUUACAUUACUUCAUUCCAGAAAACAACAUGUUUGAGAACAAAAUAGAGGGACGUGCUCGUAGAAUACUGUUAGAUAAACUUUAUAAACUGCAUAGUUACGGAUGGCGAUGCUUGUUAUUUUCAGAUCAAUUAUCUAACUUUCAGGUCUCAAUGUGGAUGAUUCCUAUUGAACUACAUACAUUGCAUACUAUUGAGUUUGCAAGAACUGUUAAUUCAACAUUAUUGUAUUUUGCUGAUUAUAUGUUCGAUGCUAUUGAGCAGGACACUUAUGUUUACAAAAGAGGAAUACAUCAGAUAGUUUCCUGUCAUCAAUCUUCACUAAAAUACUUGAAUACAUACUGCUUGUCAGUGUUUUGUGGACAGAAUGCGCAGUUUAUUCAACUGAAUAGUUCUAGAAAUAACACAGAUACAAAAAAUCUAUCAAUAGCGCUGUAUCGUUAUAUGUCUCAGACCAUAGUUGGAUCAGAUAAUCAUGUGAAAAAUAUGAGACUGAUGAACACUGUCAGGGAUAAUAUGACAAGCAACAAGCAUCUUGUUAUUAUUACAAGUGGAAGUUUUGGCGAAGGGCUUGAGAUGAGAGGUAGUGAUUUAGAUAUGAUGUUUGUUACUUAA